AUGAUUGUCCUUUCAGCCUUAUCCCUGAUUAUAGCAGCAACCUUGAUAAUUAUCACCACUGCCUUUCUUCGACUCCUCUAUGUGAUAUCCCCGAACUCUCGGCGUCCUCCCGUCAAAAACAAAAAUGAGCCUUCUCACAUGGUAGUAGUACUUGGUUCUGGCGGUCAUACCGCCGAGAUGAUAUCUCUCCUUCGCGAUACAAAUACGGCAAGAUACAAACAUCGAACAUACAUAAUAUCGGCGGGCGAUAACUUUUCUUCCACCAAAGCACAGGAUUGUGAGGAGCAUAUUCAAUCGAAGCUUCGUCCUUCUUUGCCGUGUACCAAAUCUGGUGAAUUGGACUCUACUACGGGGGUCUGGGAUCUCAUGGUGGUUCCAAGAGCAAGAGAGAUACAUCAACCGCUUUAUACUGCGCCUAUAUCAUCUAUCUGGUGUAUGCUGGGUUGUCUUAAGGCACUACACAGAAUCUCGGUGACCAGUACAAUCCACCAGCAAUAUCCGGAUAUCAUUGUAACAAAUGGUCCUGCUACAGCUGUCAUAAUGAUUCUGGCUAGCUUCUUGUUGAAGUUUCUUGGGAUGGCCCCUAUAUGGAAGAUGCAAACAAUCUAUGUAGAGAGUUGGGCAAGGGUGAAGACAUUGAGUCUAAGUGGGAAGGUUUUGUUAUGGCUAGGCAUUUAUGAUCGAUUUCUCGUUCAGUGGGAAGGCCUAGCUACACAGAUAAAUGGGGAUAAUGCUCGGAAAAAGGUAGAAUGGAGGGGCUUCUUGGUACAUUAG